GUUGCGACCAGUACUUUUGAUCGUCAAGCAGCCUCGAGCUCUAUUGACUACUGAAUCUAAAUCAAGCACGGCCAGCUCUUGUCCUUCGCCAACAUGGGAAAGGCUAAGCGAUUGGCUGCUGAGGCAGCAGCAUCAUCUGAUGCUGUUGGCGACCGUCCGUCCAAGAAGGCCCGAGUCGACAGCCGGUCACUCUUCGUCCGAGGAUUAGCUCCUAACACGACCACAGAGAAAUUGACCGAUUUCUUCUCUCAGCACUUCCCCGUCAAACACGCUACUGUUGUCAUCGAUCCCCAGACCAAAUUGUCCCGCGGAUUUGGCUUUGUUACCUUCACCGACGGAGAGGAUACCCAAUCCGCCAAGGAGCAGCUGCAGGGCCAGAAAGUAGACGGCCGGCCGAUAUCCCUCGACAUUGCCGAGAGUAGACAUCGCCAGGCCGGUGCUGCUGCCGAUGAUGCCGCCGCCAAGAAGGAAGACAGACGAGCUGCUCUCGCCGAGGCCCGCAAAGCCCCUAAGCUGAUCAUAAGGAACCUGCCAUGGAGCAUCAAGCACUCCGAUCAGCUGGCUGCGCUGUUCCGCAGCUACGGUCUCGUCAAGUAUGCCGAUAUCCCCCAACACAAGGGCAAACUAUCCGGGUUUGGAUUUGUCACAAUGCGCGGAAGGAAAAACGCCGAGGCAGCUAUGGAGGGUAUCAAUGGGAAAGUCGUUGACGGAAGAACUGUAUCGGUAGAUUGGGCCGUCUCGAAAGAUGAGUGGCAGAAACACGAAAAGAAGGACACAAGCAAACCAAAUGAGUCGAAGGAGACCAAGGAUAAUGAUGAAGAGGAUGAUGAAGAUGAUAAGACUAGUGAGGAGGACAAGAAAGAUGACGAGGAGAAGGAGGAAGAAGAUGAAGAUCUGAGGAAUUUCAUGAAAAAUCAUAUGGAGAAUCUCGAAGAUGAACCCAGUGAUGCGGAUGAAGACGAAGACAGAGAGGGUGAGGAUGAGGAUGAGCCCCUAUCAGACGACGAUGAUGCUGCUUCAGGCGGUGCUCCCGUUUCUCAAGCAAAACCACAAACCACGGAUAAUCGGACAACCAUAUUCAUCCGGAAUCUUCCCUUCUCUUCCACAGACGCAGAACUCAAAGCCCACUUCGAACAAUUUGGCAGAAUAAGGUACGCAAGAGUGGUAUGGGACAAGGCAACGGAUCGUCCAGCCGGUACGGGUUUCGCUUGUUUUGCGAAUGAAGACGAAUUCAAAGUCUGCUUAAAAGGGGCUCCGCGACCCCAGCAAUCCGCCAUACCCAAUAAGAAAUCAAUCUUGCAAAACGAAACAGCUGACGAGGGUGGUAAAUACACUAUCGACGGCCGUGUGUUACAAAUCUCUCAGGCUGUGAGUAAAGACGAAGCAAGCCGCCUUACCGAGUCAGGUGCCGCUGCCCGGGAAGGCAAAAAUCAAGACAAGCGCCGACUGUACCUGUUGUCUGAGGGUGCCAUUCCAAGUGGCUCGCCCAUGUUCAAUAUGCUUGCACCGUCCGAAGUGAAGAUCCGCGAACAGAGUGCCGCCCAGCGGAAGAAACUCAUCCAAAGCAACCCAAGCCUUCACAUCAGUCUGACUCGUCUCGCCGUGCGCAAUAUCCCGCGAAAUCUUGAUUCGAAGGGACUCAAAGCCUUAGCGCGCGAGGCUGUUGUUGGGUUCGCAAGCGAUGUCAAAGCUGGGCAUCGUGAACCACUGUCGAAAGAAGAAAAGGCUCGAGGUGGUGACGAGGAUAAAGAGGCCGAACGCCGGCGCAAGGAGAAAGGCAAGGGUAUUGUGAAGCAAACGAAGAUCAUGUUCGAGAACAAGGAAGGCUCCAAAGUGGCUGAAGCGGAUGGUGCGGGUAAGAGUCGUGGAUAUGGUUUCAUCGAAUACACAUCGCACAGAUGGGCGCUCAUGGGCCUGCGGUGGUUAAACGGACACGCUGUGAAGACCGAUGACGGCAAGACGCAACACCUGAUUGUCGAGUUUGCGAUUGAAAAUGCACAAGUUGUGGCUCGACGCAAGGAGCUGCAAGCCAAGACUGGUGCAUAUCAGUCAGGAUAUAGUCAAGAACAUGCGGGCGAGAAGGACGAAAGGAAUAAUUCGAGAUUCUUACCCAAGGGUAAAGACUUCUCAGUGUCCAGGGGGAAAUGGCAGGGACAGAAUGGCAAAGGCAAGUUUGGCAGAGAUCAAGGCAGACCUGACGAUACUGUCAAGGCAGCAAGUCAGAACAGCGACGCCAAAGAAGCACUGCAACAGAAAAUAAUAGCACGGAAAAGGAUGACGCGGAAGAAGAAGGCGAAAGGUCGUUCAUAGUUAGGAAGAGUAUAUCAGAUACUUAAGAUAUCACUUAUGUGCUUUACAAGGCACGAUGCAAAAUUCACAAAUGGAUGCAGAGAAACCUGUAAU